CGUGGACUAUCAAAAUCCAUGAAUCCCCUCUAUUCCUCUCUACCAUUGCAUUAUAGAGGAUGACCUCUACUCCUCUCUUUCUCCCCCAUCUCCUCUAAAUCCCCCAUCCAAACAUUAUUUCUUAGACUCCAUGGUUGUCUGUCCGUCUGUCUAUCUAUCUGUCCGUCUAUCUUAUGUGCAUGGACUAUGACAACGAUGUCGACGGCGAUGAGGAGCAUUUCCAGCCUUGGUCUGUGCUUCUUCAAGCCAACUAGCGUAUCGAAGGCGACGACGGUCUCUCUAGGGGUAUGGAGGAGGACUGGAGGAGAGAUGAAGGGUUUGAGUGUGAGAAAUGUAGGUGGAGGAGGCCAUGUGAGUGUUAAUGAGAUCAAUGGGAAGAAGGUGAUCAAUGGUGUGGAGAAAAAACUGUGUGUAGAGAAUGAUGUUGAAGAGGGGGAUGAAUCAUUGAAGAGUUUUAAGCUUGGGAGGUUUGUGGAGAAGAGGUUAGUGUAUAGGCAGACUUUUGUGAUUAGGUCUUAUGAGAUUGGGCCAGACAAGACUGCAACCAUGGAGACAUUGUUGAAUCUCCUACAAGAGACAGCUCUGAACCAUGUAAUGAGCUCAGGCCUUGCGAGCGAUGGUUUUGGCGCGACGCAUGAGAUGAGCCUGAGAAAGCUCAUAUGGGUCGUCACUCGCAUCAACAUUCAAGUCAACAAAUACAGCCGCUGGGGGGAUGUGGUUGAAAUUGACACAUGGGUUGCUGCAUCAGGAAAGAAUGGAAUGAGGAGAGACUGGAUAAUCCGAGAUCACACCACUCAGAAAAUUAUAACAAGAGCUACAAGCACUUGGGUGAUUAUGAAUAGAAAAACAAGGAGGUUGUCUAAGAUCCCUGAACAAGUUAGAGAAGAAGUGAAACCCUUCUUCUUGGAUAGAAAAAUCCUCUCACAAAAUGGAGAUGAUUAUAAGAUCGAUAAGCUCGAUGAAGCGACUGCAAAGCACAUAAGAUCAGGUUUAGCGCCAAGAUGGAACGAUAUGGACGUGAACCAGCAUGUAAACAAUGUGAAAUAUAUAGGCUGGAUUCUUGAGAGUGUGCCUCUGAAUAUACUCGAGCAUUACCAUCUCACAAGCAUGACUCUAGAGUAUCGGCGAGAGUGUAAUCAAUCUAAUCUCCUUGAAUCUCUCACAACCAUAGAAACAAGGGAAGAACUUGAAAGCAAGAGUUCAAGCAAAGGAGAUCUCAGAAGCACGCAUUUACUUCGCCUUGAAGAGGAUAAAAAGGAGGUAGUUCGAGCCACAGCAGAAUGGCAAGCCAAAUCACAUAUAUAGCCAGUGAAAAACAACAGCAUAGAUCUCUACAGGAGCGACAUUUUUUCUUGUAUUUGUUUGUUUUGUAUUUGAUAUGUAUAAUUCUUUUGGCUCUUGAGAGCUAAGACUUUGCACAUUUUGGAAGUGCAAAAACUUUUCAGAUUUUAAAGUUUUCGUUUUCGGAAUACACAAGGAUCUACCAGCUGAAACUUGAUGAGUACAAACUUACAGAAUAACACUAGGAUGUUUUGAAGGAAAUUUCACGCCCAUAAAUCAAUACUUUGUUUCAGUCAAUCUUUUACUACUGCAAGAUAAUUUUCAUAGUUUAUUGUAUUUGAUAUCCCCAUUCAUGGAUCGUAUCAUUCGAUGGGCUUGGCUAUCCCUACAAGUGAAUAAAUGCUGCUCCGCACAAAUAGAGAAUGCUGACAUCAUGACUUUCAGACAAGUCUCCAAAAUUUUAAGGAUGAAAUAUGUUAUCGCAUCAUUUUGAUCCCUCUCAUAUACUAAUGAUGCAUUCGCAAAUUCAAUGCAAGGACCAAAAACCCUACCCAUGUUUUCAAUUCUCCUUCUAAUAAGAUACACC